AUGCCUACCAGCAAGCGUCUGGCCGGCCCAGGCUUUAUCAUUCUAAAUGUCUUGCGGGCGAUGAACAUUAUUGGCUUGCUUGCCGUCUGCGUAGCUAGUUUCAUUAUGGUUAUAAAGACGUUCACAGCUUCCAAGUUCUUUUUCUUCGAUGGCGCAACCCACAUUAUCACAGCUCUGUCGAGCAUGUUCCUUGUUGUUUCUGAGUGUUCGCUCUUUAAGCGUUGGUACGAACGCAACUGGCCGGUCCUGAGCAAUUCCCAUGGCUUCAACUUCCUUGGUCUGGCCAUGAUUAUCCUGGGUAACAAUAUCCUGGGAAACCUUAACAAGGAGGCCACGAGCCAGAAGUCUCUUGGUCUGCCAUUCUGGCGAAUCGUGAUCGGUUCUGGCGUAAUUGUCUUUUCCCUUGGCUUCAUCAACAUCAUUGCCUCGCUUGUUUUCCGCGACCGCAAGCUCAAAGUCACUGCGCGUCAGAUCCGCUCGAAAGGUGCCGUCGCACUAUCCGACGCUGAAGCCCGAAUCGAAGCUGGCAAGCCAGGAAGCAUAAUGACUUCUUUUCCCAGUAGCUCGUAUGCUCCAUCAAGCAAUUACUCUCAAGCGUCGCCAAUAAAAGUCAAAUCGCCUGUUCGCCGCUUUAUGCAUAACGCACGUCAAUCAAUUCUGCCUUCCUAUCGUUCUGAAGUUCCACCGUAUCCUCGAUCGCCCCCAGGUGCUUACCCGGCGAGCCCAGUCAAAAGCCCGUCGCCUGCAGUGAAAGCUGUAAGCAAGAAUGACGCCACUGGGACCUCACCCAAAAGCCCACGACCACCCAUGGAAAUCAGUGCACCCCUGAACGUGAACCCUCAGUUCGCACAUCUGGUGCGGCCAAACAUGGCGCAUCAUCCUUCACAAAGAAGACCUGAUGGAUCUUUUUGAAACACGAGAUUCAAACACGACGGCGUUCGGAGUUCUUUGGUGGAUGCUACAUAUAUGAUACCAUCGUUGACAAACGUCUCUUUGUUAGCAAGCGUUGCUUUUUUGAAUUCCUGGAAAGGACUUCUUUCACACCUGUCUUCGUUCUUAAUGGCUACGAUUACAUGUCCAUGCGGCCGAAAGACGAUUCCAGAACUGCGUCGCCGGUUCACAUACUCUCGUUGGAAAGAGGGAUCAGGAAGAAACGCCGGGAAACAUUCUCCUCACUAGCUACAGUUCGUCUGUUAAGAUAAUCAUACCGCUGUUAAUACCUG